AUGUUUCAAAGCUUUUUCCAAAACAAUAGGCCCACUGUUGCCGGUGAGACGUUCUCAGAUAGCAGAUCGUACCCUUUAACGAAUCAACAAGAAGCAUCUAGGAACGACUUGAAUGGACUGGCUUCUUCUGCAGCCAAGCCGCAGCAACAGCAACCUGCACAUCUAUUAAACUCAUAUCCAGUUGCUGGCUCCAAUCCGCUUAUGAGAGCGGGCGCCAUGGGGGCAACCUCUGGCAGCAUCAAUCCCAAUAUGUCCAACAUGAGUGAACAUAUCCGUGUCUCUGGGAUGGGCACUUCUAAGCCGCUGGAAUUGGCGGGGAAGUACAUCGACCAUCUGCAACAUAAAGAUAGCAACACUCCCGUACUUGAUGAGAGAUCAUAUUACAAUAGCGGGGUGGACUACAAUUUCAGUAGAGAGCAGACUGGUUUGGGGGCUUUCACUCCUUUCGAAAGACAGGACGUGUUCAACAUACCAGACGAGAUUUUGCACGAAUUCUCUACUUCGCAAACAAGGACAGACAUGGGUCUUUUCCCAGAGUUGAAGCGAUGUUGGAUAACUAUUGAUAAUAAACUGAUACUCUGGAACAUAAACAAUGACAACGAGUAUCAGGUGAUAGACGAUAUGAAACAUACUAUCCGGAAAGUAGCUUUGGUGAAACCCAAGCCAAACACGUUUGUGCCCACCGUCAAACAUUUACUUUUGAUAUGCACUACAAUGGAGAUUUUCAUGUUUGCCAUUUCUCUAGACAGUAUCACUAACGAACUGAGUAUAUUCAAUACUCAUCUAUCUGUCCCCGUGCAAGGCAUCGAUGUAAUAGACAUCGUAUCUCAUGAAGGAUCAGGUAGAAUAUUUUUUGCUGGUCAAGGCAGUGGCCUGAACAUCUGGGAAUUGCAGUAUUCAGGCUCGGAUGACUGGUUUAAUAGUAAAUGUAGCAAAGUCUGCCUAACGAAGUCUGCUUUAUCUAGUCUUUUACCCACUAACAUGUUAUCGCAGAUUCCAGGUGUUGAUUUCGUUCAAUCUUUUUUCGAAGACAGUUCUAACGGUGGCGGCGGCUUUUCCCAGGAAACCAUUACACAAUUAACUAUCGACCAGCAAAGGGGCAUCAUUUAUUUAUUAACCUCCAAAUCAACCGUCAAAGCAUACGUAAUAACGGAAAAAUCACUGGAAAGACCCAUGUCGAUUGAACCGGCCUAUAUCAGUAGAAUCAUAGGUACCACUACAGCGAGAGCCGCACCAAUUUUGGGCGCUAAAUACUUGAAAAUCGUCAAGAUAAGCACUGUUACACCUGAGGAAAGCAAUAACUUAUUUUUAGUUGCCUUAACAGUUGGUGGCGUGCGCUUAUACUUCAAUGGCUCCAUGGGAAGAUUCAACAUCGAAGCUUUGAGGCUGGAAUCAAUCAAAUUCCCCCCCAGUUCUGUAACUCCUGAAGUCAUUCAACAGGAACUACUAAAUCAGCAACAAGAGCAGGCAAAGAGAAGCUUCCCAUUUUUUUCGAACUUAAUGUCCUCCGAACCAGUUCUAUUGAAAUUCCAAAAGAAGUCAUCUGUAUUACUAGAAACUACAAAAGCAAGUACACUCAUUUCUCCCGGCAUAUUUUUCUCUGCUGUGAUUAAAUCAUCUCAGCAAACACAACCGGCAGAUAAGAAGGAAAACCCUUCCACCGGUGGAACCAUGACUAGUAUCCCUUCCAAAGCCUUAAAACAGCCACCAGCUACUCUACAACACAAACUUUUUGUCAGUGUUCCAGACUAUGGCAUUUUGAAAACUCACGGUAAAUACGUUGAAAAUGCCACAUUUCUGGAGACGACGGACCCAGUUCAACAAGUAAUUCCAUUGUCAGGAUUGUUCAAUGCAACGACAAAGCCACAAGGGUUUGCUAAUGAAUUUGCGACACAAUACACAUCGGAGACCUUCAGAGUGGCGGUCUUGACUAGUACAUCUGUGGAAAUUUAUAAAUACCGUACCCCUGAUGAAAUUUUUGAAGAUUUAAUAGACAAUCCACUACCAUUCGUCCUAAAUUAUGGUGCUGCAGAGGCUUGUUCCACAGCCUUGUUUGUUACUUGCAAAUCAAACAAAUCAGAAAAAUUGAGAUCCAAUGCCCUAACUUUUUUGACGAUGGGUAUUCCCGGUGUUGUCGAUAUUAAACCGGUCUACAACCGCUAUUCCGUAUCCACAGUAUCCUCCUUAUUAUCCAAGCCCUCCUUAUCCACUACUACAACUAAUCUUCAACAAUCAUUAACUGGAUUUAACAAACCUUCCACUGCUCAAAAGGAAGACUUUGAUUUGGAUGAUGUAAUACUUUCGCCGAGAUUUUAUGGUAUCGCGCUAUUAAUUGCAAGGCUACUCCGAGAUAUUUGGGCAAGACACGUCUUUACCACUUUUACAGAAAACAGGAGAACACUUAAUGCUUACAGUUCUCCUUCUACUUCAACUACGCAGUCCACUAAUGAAUCUGAUGCCAUCUCAAAAACAGAUGAAACUUCGCAGAAUAAGAAUAUAAUAUCAAAGGUUUCUAUUUCCAAAGAUUGCAUCGAGUAUUAUCUUUCUUCAGUCAAUAUUUUGAAUGAGUUUUUCGUGACUUAUGGUGAUUCCAUUUCCCAAAUAUCAGCUCCCUAUUUACUAGCGAAAAAUUCUAGCGGCAGGGUGAUUGACAAAACGGAAGAAGUUGCAAACCAAGCGGAAAGCAUAGCCAUUAACGCACUAAUAAAGUUAGUGCAAUCCAUAAAGGAGGGUUUAUCUUUCUUGAACGUACUAUAUGAAGAGAGCGAAGUUGAAGGAUUUGACAAUCAGUACCUUGGUUUCAAGGAUAUCAUCAGUUUUGUAAAUAUAGACGUGCAAAAGGACUUAGUCAAACUGGACUUCAAAGAUCUAUUUACUCCAAAUGACAGGACAAAAUCAUUAAUUAGAGAAAUCUUGUUAUCUAUUAUCAAUAGAAAUAUCACUAAGGGCGCGUCUAUCGAAUAUACCGCAACGGCGCUCCAGGAACGCUGUGGAUCUUUCUGUUCCGCAAGUGAUAUAUUAGGAUUCAGAGCCAUUGAACAUCUCAGAAGGGCCAAAGAAAUUGGAUUACGCAAUUAUGAUUCUCUGAACUAUCACCUCAAAAAUGCUACUGCUCUUCUUGAACAAAUCGUGGAUGAUCUUUCUAUCGAGAAGUUAAAAGAAGCCGUAUCAAUGAUGUUAAGUGUAAAUUAUUACCCAAAGUCUAUCGAAUUUUUACUGAACAUUGCAAACUCUAUGGAUAAGGGGAAACUAGCUUGUCAAUAUGUGGCAAACGGGUUUUUGGAAAAUGACGAAAGAAAGCAAUAUUAUGAUAAACGUAUUUUAGUAUACGAUUUAGUUUUUGACACUUUGAUCAAAGUAGACGAACUUGCUGAAGUCAAAACGUCAUCCAAGACUCAAAGCAAGAUUUCAAUAUCCGGUGAUGAUGAAUUAAAACUGAGACAAAAAAGUUAUGAAGUCGCCCUAAAUUAUAAUGAUAAAUUAUUCCAUUAUCAUAUGUAUGACUGGCUUGUAUCUCAAAACAGAGAAAGUAAAUUACUAGAAAUAGAAACGCCAUUCAUACUGCCUUAUUUAAUUGAGAAGGCAGACAGCUCAUUGAAAAUAUCCAAUAUUUUGUGGGUUUACUAUUCGAGAAAAUCUAAAUUUUUCGAGUCUGCUGAAAUACUUUACCAUUUAGCUACAUCGAAUUUUAACAUUACUCUAUUCGAAAGAAUUGAAUUUCUUUCACGUGCCAAUGGAUUUUGUAACAGCGUGUCCCCAUUAAGCCAGAAGCAGAAAAUUGUACAACUAGCUAGUAAAAUCCAAGACGCAUGCGAAGUCGCCGGUAUUCAAGGAGAUAUACUAUCACUUGUGUAUACAGAUGCAAGAAUCGACUCCACUAUCAAAGAUGAGUUAGUAAAGACUUUAGAUGGUAAAAUCUUAAGUACCAGUGAGCUGUUCAAUGAUUUUGCUGUGCCCUUAAGUUACCAUGAAAUUGCCUUAUUUAUCUUCAAAAUAGCAGACUUUAGGGAUCAUGAGAUGAUCAUGGCCAAAUGGGAUGAACUGUUCCAAUCUUUGAGAAUGGAAUUCAAUAACACUGGCAAGAAGGAGGAUUCAAUGAACUUUAUCAACUUGCUGUCUAAUGUAUUGAUUAAAAUUGGUAAAAACGUACAAGAUUCCGAGUUUAUUUUUCCCAUUUUCGAGCUAUUCCCUAUCGUCUGUAAUUUUUUCUAUGAAACACUUCCUAAAGAGCAUAUCAUACCGGGUUCGAUAGUUUCAAUCUUCAUAACGGCUGGCGUUUCUUUUAACAAGAUGUACUAUAUUUUAAAAGAGCUGAUUGAGACAUCUGAUUUCGAUAACUCUGUAUUCAAUAAAGAAAUGACCUGGCUAAUUCACGAAUGGUAUAAAUCGGAUAGGAAAUUUAGGGACAUUAUUACCUACAACGAUAUUAUUCAUUUGAAGGAAUACAAUAUUGAGAGUGAUCCAAUCGAAAAAUACGUCAAUAACACCGGUAACAAUUUGAGUAUCUGUUUCUACAAAGAAUGA